GCGUUCUCGAUCGUUGAACGGCUCGCGCGAUCCCGAGGAAAAUCCCCCGCCGUACGCGCGAGGAAAAACGGAGUGGAAUCAGAUCCUGCGGAAGAGCGAAUCACGCGGCGAAUCUGGUCCUGUCAACGUCACCAACUUGCGUAUUUUUCCAUGUUUUUUUUUUCGCCCGCGUCUCGCUUUGCUCAUAGCGUUCGCGCGGCCGCAAUUGAAGCUGAGGCGGUUUACGCCGAGGUUAUGAAUUCCACAGGUUGUGAGUUCUGAUAUCCUUCGGGGGCAAAGGGUACGCGAGUCGUCGAUGAUCUCGGCUGCGACGAGUUGUCGCGUCUCUCUCACGGCGAUCGCCCUGUAGACACACUCUCAUCUGGUAAUCCGCAAUGGCAAGCACAUACUUCCAACGUUGGCACGAUUAUGUCUCAUCGCUACAUUCCUAGAGGAUGGCUUACGAAUGUGGUUCCAAUGGAAUGAACAACGAGAGUACAUGGAUGCUUCCUGGGGCUGCGGAAAAUUCCUGGCCACCAUGUUUGUCCUCAUAAAUCUUGUCGGACAACUCGGUGGAUGUGUCAUGGUGAUCAGCAGAUGGCGAGUCAGCAUAGCCUGCGGAAUCCUAUUCUUCAUUGUAAUCCUACAGACUAUCGCCUAUAGCAUUCUUUGGGAUAUGCAGUUCUUAUUCAGGAACUUGGCACUAAUAGGGGCGCUCCUAUUAGUACUGGCUGAAUCCCGGGUUGAGGGCAGAUCGCUGUUCGCUGGUGUUCCCAGUCUCGGCGACAACAAGCCCAAGAAUUUGCUGCAAUUAGCAGGUCGAAUACUUUUGGCGUUCAUGUUUAUCACGCUGAUCCGCUUCGAAAUAUCCUUCCUGCAGAUUCUGCAAGAUAUCGUUGGCAGCAUUCUAAUGGUGUUAGUGACAAUUGGCUAUAAGACUAAGCUAAGCGCGUUACUACUCGUUGCUCUAUUGACCGCGCUGAACUUCUAUCACAAUGCAUGGUGGAGCAUUCCCGACUACAAGCCGCUCAGGGAUUUCCUCAAAUAUGACUUCUUCCAGACACUAUCAGUCAUCGGUGGCCUUCUGAUGAUAGUCUCUCUAGGUCCAGGCGGUGUAUCGAUGGAUGAGCAUAAAAAAGAAUGGUAGAAAUAAUUCCACUUACAAAUAAGGAGGAUGUAUGCGUUAUUGGAUUGUUGUCCAGAAAGUUAAAGCGAGUUAUCAUGCCUCUCAUUUUUGUCCCUGUAUGCGCUCAAAGAAACCUUGGACGAAUCGUAUGUCAUGCGAUACAAAACCCAUAAAUAUCAUUGGUCCAAAACAAUCAUUUAUGUUGACUAACUGGUCACUUAAUCGAAUUUUAUAUUUUAACAUGGCGACAUAACGCUUGAAAGACUUCGAAAUGAUCAAUAAAACACUAUCCAUAUUUUAGAUAGAAUACAUAUUUUAGAAUAUAAAGUUAGCAUGGAAAAAAAAGUACACACAUGCAUAAACACACAGGGAGAUAUGUAUAAAACGGUUAAUGGCAUUGUACAUACGGCGCUGCGUCUGAUGUGGAUAAUGUAAUUUUUCCAUAUAUUUUUAAUUUACCUAAUUUUAAUCGCGAGCCAAACCGAUGGUUUUAAAUAUAUUUUAAUAUCGGAUAUAUGCUUCCACUCUUCAGUAUCUAAGAUUUACGAAUUUCCGGGUUAACGAAUUCCGUACUAAUUUCACUGUAACAUUUUUUUAACUUAAUUGACUGUAAAUAAGUGUUCCAAAUUUGUCUUAACUGUGAAAUAUAAUAAGAAAAAAGCGGGCUGUUAAUGAGAAAUUAGCAGGUUAAGGGUUAUUAUAGUUAGCUCUAAUAAUAUGUCAUGCGAAAAUAAACCGGUCUUAAAAUA